GACAGAGGAAACUCGGUUCCCUCCUACCUAAGACGGGCGCAAAAGCACACCAAGACAGGCCAAUCUACUAGGAGAUGAUCAGUCUCGAACGGUAACGGGGAAGAGAGGCUGAGUAUCCUGCAAUAUCAGGGAUAGUAGUUUGAGACGGUAAUGGAAAUCAAUGCAGAGUAACUCGUAAAUAGAGACGUGAUUGGCGAAAUCGUCAGCUCGUCAAACGUUAGUCCCCUGAUUGCCACGAUUUAAGUUUAAUCUCCCGAUAAGGCGCUUGAGUAAUCUGGGUUAUAACAGACUAUAAACGAGGAGCGGAUCGUAAAGGAAUAAGGAUUUAGCUGAAUUCGUCGUUCAAAUGACUUUCGGACGUACCGUUCAUUUAGUUAAAGAUCUUCAAGGGGAACUUGUCUGUGGAACGGAAACAAGUUGUGCGCGAGGUUUUCGUUGUUCGAUAGACUCACUCGACGGACUUCAGCAGACGCGGACGAAAAAGUGGCCUGUCAUGAACGGAUUCCAAGUACUUCUGACGUUUCUCGGCGCAAUCGCGAUCAUUUCGGACCCGCGAUCCUCGGCAGAGGACGGCUCUGCAACUGAAAACGUAUACCAUGGUAGAUACACGAGAGACAUACCAAGCGCGGAGUACCUAGUCCCGAGGAGGGUGUUCGAGGACGGUAAUUUCUAUAAGUACGAACUGCCGAAUUUUUAUGACCGCGGGGAAGUCAGCAACCGCAGGAAAAGGUCGGCCGGAGAACCGGACGCGGAUAAAGUGCACCUGGUGUUACCUUUCAACGGGAUCGACCACCAUGUGGAGCUCACUCCGUACCACGAUUUCAUAUCGCCGGAGAUGGUGAUCGAGACGCGGGGCGCCGGCCUCAGGAAGAACUUGGACGAGGCCGUGAAGUUCAAGAGGGCCCCCGAUCAACAGUGCCACUACCGGGGUUUCGUCAGGGACCAUAGCCCUUCUAAGGCAGCCCUGUCGCUAUGCGAUGGCGUGGUCGGUUACAUGCAAACUAAUCACGGGCGGUACUUCAUCGAGCCAGCAAACGAAGCCCAACCGCAGCAUGAUGGCCAGCACGUUCACAUCGCGUACAAGCGAGAGGCACCUCACGAGAUCAGCGCAGAUCGAAACGAUACCGCCAAGAAGUUUUGCGGAACCGACGAGAACUGGGAGGCGGCGUGGGCGGAACAGUUAGCAAAGCGAGCGAAACGGUUAAUGGAAGCGAAUCCAGCCGAUGCAAAGGGGAGUCUCUUUGGUACCCACAGCAUUCAUCGGUAUAUAGAAAUAGGAUUGGUUGCGGAUAGACGGUUCCUCGAUUUUUACAACAACACUAAUUACGAGCAGUAUCUGCUGACAAUUAUGAACAUGGUGGCGGACUUUUAUCACGACAAGUCCAUCGGGAAUCAAAUCGAGGUGGUCGUCGUUCGCAUGAUAUAUUUGGAGAAGGAGAAGGAAGAGAUAGAUUUACUCAUUAGUCCCGCGGCCGAGGAUACGUUACAUAGUUUUAUGGCGUGGGCUAAGAAGAUAAAUCCCAAGGAUCAUACUCAUCCUAAUCACUUCGACGUAGCAGUCCUUGUGACUAGGUAUGAUAUUUGCUCGAGAGGAACGAACUGCGAUCUGAUGGGUCUGGCAUCUGUGGCAGCCGCCUGCGAUCCAGACAGAUCAGCCGCGAUCAACGAAGACAGUGGCCUGUUGCUCGGAAUCGUAGUUGCCCACGAAGUUGGUCACGUGAUGGGCUGUUCGCACGACCAGGAGGACAUAAGCGGGUGUAAGCCCAAGGACACGGACGACAGUUACUUCCUCAUGUCGCCGAUCGUGUACAUCUAUUCAAUCCGAUGGUCGCCCUGCAGCAGGAAAUACGUUACCGAUUUCCUCCAGAGUGGCCUCGGCGAGUGUCUGAACGACGAUCCGAGAAAUCCGCCGGAGAGGUUCAAAUAUCCGAACAUGCUGGCGGGCGCGAUGUAUGACGGCGAUUUUCAGUGCCAAAUGACGUUCCCUGGCUCGCAGCAUUGCCUAAUGAGUCGACUCCAAGUCUGCGACAAACUCUGGUGCCAGGUUAACGAGACGUGCCUAUCGCAAGGCCAACCGAUGGCUGAAGGGUCCAUGUGCGGCGAGAAGAAGUGGUGCAUCCGGAAGAAAUGCGUGGACCGAGGCACGCGGCCGGCAGCGGUACACGGCGGAUGGGGCACGUGGGGACCCAUGGGCAAAUGCAGCAGAACCUGCGGCGGAGGUUUGAAGUCUUCUGAAAGGGAAUGCGACAAUCCACCACCCUCCAACGGUGGCAGAUACUGCUUGGGAGAAAGGAAGAAGGUGACCAUCUGCAACACCACGCCCUGUCCUGCCGACAAGCCGUCGUUCCGCGCGGUGCAGUGCAGCCAUUAUAACAACCUGAAGGUUUUAAGCGACAACGAACUACACACGUGGACGCCGUACCUCGACUUUUCGGUCAAGGACCCGUGCAAAUUGUAUUGCUUGAACGAGAAGAAGGUUCUAGUCGAGCUGAACAGCGUCGCCAACGACACGACCCCGUGUAAACCCGGCACUAACUACAUGUGCAUCUUCGGCGUGUGCAGGAAAGUGGGAUGCGAUUGGAUUCUGGACUCGAAUGCCGUCGAUGACAAAUGCGGCGUCUGCAAGGGUGAUGGUACCAAAUGCAAACAAAUAAAGGGUGAUUAUACUGAGACGAACGUCCCCUCGACGUACAUGAAGGUAGUUACUAUUCCUAAGGGGGCUCGAAGCAUACGAGUGUGGGAAGCGAAGCCUAACACCAACGUGUUAGCAGUGAAACCCGAAAAGGGCUCCGACUAUUGCAUCAAUGGAAAUCUGAGGAUAAACAGAGCCGGUGAUUACACGUGCGCAAAGUCUAUGCUCAUUUAUCUCUAUCCCCAGCCGGACAAGGAAGAAAUCGAAAUGAAGGGACCUAUAGCUGAGGACAUUCGCAUAGAGUACGCGUUCUUGAAUAGGGCCAGCAAUCCUGGAAUUCAUUACGAGUAUUACGUGAUGUCGACCGAUCCGUCACACACGCCGAAAUACUUGUGGGAUUACGUAGAUUGGUCUGCGUGCACUGCUAAAUGUGGCGGGGGAACAAAGAUUUCGGAAGCGAAGUGCAUCGAGGAGAGUGGUGGAGAGGUGAGUCCUAAUUACUGCGAUGGCAAACCGCGGCCGUAUUAUUAUAACACAAAUGCGUAAAUUAUUAAAGUAAUUUGCUAUGGUCGAAGGUGGCGGGUGAGCCAAUGGAGCAAGUGCAGCGCCUGUGACGGAAAGAAAGGAUUCAGGCAUCGGAAAGUUCAAUGCAUCCGACCGCCGGCGCGUUCCGGCGGAGACGACGUUCAAGCGAAUCCGGACGCGUGCAAAGGUCGCGUGCCGAGGCAGAAGGAAGAAUGCACAGGUCAGAGACCGUGCAAGAAGACCUGUCCAAAGAAGACUCGAAACGCGUUGAAGGCAGCCAAGGCGAAAAAGUCGUUGUCUGCGAUAGAGCAAGCUAAGAUAAUCGAUAAGUUCGUGGACUUGAGUCUGGCCCACUAUUUAGAAAAAUCGUACGGCGCGUCUCGGGACGCCGGAAACGAGGCAGACACCGUAGACUUCUUGCAGCUGCUUCGCGACUGGUCGCUCUGGGACGAGGACAAGAAGAAGCGGGCUGUUUGCGAUCGGAACCAUACCAGCCAGAGCAGAUUCACCACGCCGAAGCCGGGAACGAUCAUCAAGGACUCUGUCCCAGUCGAGAACGUGGUGCUGAUGGAAGUGCCUAUUAUAGAGGACAGCCUAAGAAUGAAUCUGUCGGACAGAGCGUUCCAAGAAAGCGGAGAUCUGGUCGGUGUCGGUAUCGAUAUGUCGCGUGUAAAAAUAUACAAUGGUUCGGAAGCUGUCAGCAGGAUAGAGGAGGUGCAGGGCCAUCAGACGGUCCCAUCGACUCCCGCUGGACAGGACGGGUCGUCGUUAGCCAAGGUCGUGAAACGGUGAAAAUUAGCAAGUGCUUUCUAUUUGGAAGAAAUAACCAGAAACGAUAAUUUCUUUCCCACUUUUCACACUGCUUUCCCAUACUUUCAAAAGGAGCACGACGGUUUAGAUAUACAACAAAUGCAUACACGAAAUCGAUGGUUGACUAAUCGACGUUUAUUUGAUACUAUAAUGUUACAGACCAUCCAGUUGUACUAUUGUAGAAGUAUUUAGAAAUAUGAAAUAUAGAUAAGCCCUUAGUUUAUGGCUAUUUAAA